GUGUGAAAACAACAAGGGAAUGUUUGCCAAAGGUGAAAAGUGGAAUAUUUCCUUCGCGGGAUGCGGUUUCAGUAGUGUUUACUACUUGGGAGCGCUGACAUGCAUCCUGGAGCGAGUGCCGCAUUUGGUACAUGGAGCCUCAAAGAUCUGCGGAGCCUCAUCGGGAUGCCUGGUGGCUGCGGCGUUGACCGUCGGACUUCCCAUGGGUUCAUCUUUUACAAUGUUAAAAGUCUACAAUUCCAAACAAACAAGAGAACAUAUGUGGUCUGACUUGUUGGCGGUGGCCAAAGAAGCGAGGAAGCAUCGGCUGAGCGUCUUUCAUCCGACCUUCAGCCUCCUGCGUACAGUGCGCGACUCCCUGCGGAAGAAGCUUCCGGAAGAUGCCCACAGACUCGCUUCUGGGAGGCUCUGCGUAUCUCUAACCAGGUUGAUUGACGGGAGUAAUAUCCUGGUGUCGCACUUCGACACCAGGGAGGAGCUCAUACAGGUGCUGAUAUGCAGCUGUUUCUUUCCCGUCUACUGCGGCUUCAUCCCACCCUCCUACCGCGGACAGCUGUACAUAGAUGGAGCCCUGAGCAACAACAUGCCACUGUUGGAUCAUCCUAACACCAUUACGGUGGCUCCGUUCAGCAGUGAGAGUGACAUCAGUCCCAAAGACGGGGCUUGGACCUCCAUCUCCGUGCACUGUAACAAUCUAUGCUUGCAUGUGACCGCGGGAAACGUGCGUCGAAUCUUCACCUCGUUCCUGCCCCCUGCGCCGGAGGAGCUGGCUGAGAUCUUCCAAAGUGGCUACACAGAUGCCCUUCACUUUCUGAGACAAGAAAAUCUGCUGGAACAAUUUUCCCCAGAAGAGCAGGAGGACAAUUUAAAUGUUGCAAAAGCACCUUUUUGGGGACAACACUGGUGGCUGGAGCAUGAACAGGCGCAAACCCUCCCACUAAACUAUAAGAGAGUGUUGUGCAGGGAUGCUGGUGACGUAACUGGUUUGUGCCCUCUUGAUGCUUUUUACUACAUGCUGACUCCACUGGUAUUGGUGGCCGAGUUGAUCUGGUUCGUUUUAAACAGCCUUUUUACAGAGAAGAAACAGAGUAGACUGGACUAUGAUUCUUCAAAAACUUGAAUCUUGACCAAUGUGGACCUGAUGUAUUUGUUUUGUGAAUAUCUAAACUCCCUUAAGAGGAUCAUGUAACUUAUACAAAAGAUAGUUUCCACACAUUUUUCUUCUAUUAAAAACACCUGAAAAGAUGAAUAAAAAAAAAAAAAAGUGCAAUAAUGUAUAAAAAGCACCAUCAUGAGAUUUUAAUGGACACAACAUUGUAAUUAUAAAACUUCAUAAACAGAUUCUAAAAAGUCCUACAACGAAAUAAAUUCAUGAUAAAUUCUACUGAGGUAAUUCCCAAUGAUGACAUAACCCCUGCUAUCAAAGCAGUGGUUUAA